AUCAAAAAAAAUUUUAUUGUAAUGUAUUCCAGUUAAUGUAUACAUAUCUUUUUUUUAUUUUACUAAACUGAAGAAAAUGAGCACAACACUUUCCUGUAUUCAAUAUGUUUGUUUGGUUAACUAAAUCUCCAUUUUUUUCUCUAGUACUUGAAAACGGUGGCUAUGGUGGCUACAUUCAAAGUAUUAGACGGCUAAAGUAAGUAGAUAGGUCGAAUUGCUACGCCACGUGGGAUCUCUAGCACUUGAAUACGCUAUCUGGUGGCUAAAUUCAAAAUUAAAGUAGAUAGGUCGAAUUGCCACGCCACGCCCCUGCCAGACAUCCCAAUAGUUCCUAUAACAGAUUUGGUCUCUUUUUACUGCAUUUACUAGUAAAAAACUGCUCAGUCGUGUUGUGGCUAUAUGAUGAUAGUUACCGCGUAUACAUGGCGGCACUAGAAAUACGCAUGAGCAUCGAUUUGAUUUUAAAAGUGAUUUCUGUGUAAUAAAUAUAAUAAUUUAUAAUAAUAAUAAAAAAAAAAAGAUAACAUUUAUUUACAAACGCAUUAUUAUCUGUUUCACAGUUACUUUCAUAAAUAAUUAUGAUAAUUAAGAAUAUAUCCUAGGAAGUUAUAUUUAUCAUUAACAUUGCCAAUGAAUAUUUCCAAAGGAUAAAAUUAUUAAUGUUCUUUUAUAUUUUUACUUAGUCUCAUUAAGUUAAUUUAAGUUCACUGUAUAUUGUUGUAAAACUUUGAUAUAAAUUUAAAAAAGAAAAAUGACAACUGUAUCAGCGUCUUUUCAUGAAGGAGAAGAUGAAGUGGAAGAUGACAAUGAUGUAAAUGAUUAUAAUCCACAAGCAAAAUUAAUUAAAACAUUGGAAAGAAAUGGAAUUACAGCAGGUGAUAUUAAAAAGUUAGAAGAAGCUGGUUAUCACACUGUAGAAGCAAUAGCAUAUGCCCCAAAAAAACACCUUAUUUCUAUCAAAGGUAUUAGCGAAGCUAAAGCAGACAAAAUAUUACAAGAAGCAUCUAAAUUAGUGGUAAUGGGUUUUAAAAGUGCUACAGAGAUACAUCAAAUGCGUGCAAAUAUUGUUUAUGUUUCUACCGGUUCUACGGAGUUGGAUCGAUUAUUAGGUGGAGGAAUUGAAACGGGUUCUAUUACAGAAAUUUUUGGAGAAUUUAGGACAGGAAAGUCUCAAUUAUGUCACACGUUAGCAGUAAACUGUCAAUUACCUAUAGAUAUGGGAGGAGCAGAAGGUAAAUGCCUUUACAUAGAUACAGAAGGAACGUUUAGACCGGAAAGGUUAAUUGCUGUUGCUGAAAGAUACAAAAUCGCUGGUGAUUCUGUUCUUGAUAAUGUCGCCUGUGCUAGAGCUUAUAAUACGGAUCACCAAACUCAGUUAGUAAUACAAGCCAGUGCUAUGAUGACAGAGUCAAGAUAUGCUAUGUUAAUUGUUGAUAGUGCAACAGCUCUUUAUCGUACUGAUUAUUCUGGUAGAGGGGAAUUGUCAGCUAGGCAAAAUCAUUUAGCCAGAUUUUUGAGGAUGUUACUGCGAAUAGCAGAUGAACAUGGUGUAGCUGUUGUUAUAACUAAUCAAGUAGUAGCUCAAGUCGAUGGUGCAGCUUCUAUGUUUGGUGGUGAUCAAAAGAAACCAAUUGGUGGUAAUAUCAUAGCGCACGCAAGUACGACUAGAUUGUAUUUACGAAAAGGUAGAGGAGAAACGAGAAUAUGUAAGAUUUAUGAUUCACCUUGUUUACCAGAAAGCGAAGCAAUGUUUGCAAUAAAUGCAGAUGGUAUAGGAGAUGUAAAAGAAUAAUACAUUAUGCUUUAGUAUUAUAUUUUUGAUAAUGUAACAAUAAAAUAAUAAUUUGA